CGAAAUCCUCUGGUUUAUAUUGGCGCGGCCCAGACCGCUGAGGCCUCUGCGGCGCGGUCCUCGGAGACACGCGGUGGCGGUCCGCGGUAGCCAUGGCGGACUACCUGAUCAGCGGCGGCACGUCAUACGUGCCCGACGACGGACUCACCGCACAGCAGCUCUUCAACUGCGGGGACGGCCUCACCUACAACGAUUUUCUCAUUCUUCCUGGAUAUAUCGACUUCACCGCAGACCAGGUGGACCUGACCUCUGCCCUUACCAAGAAGAUUACAUUGAAGACUCCACUGGUUUCCUCACCCAUGGACACAGUUACAGAGGCCGGGAUGGCCAUUGCCAUGGCGCUUACUGGCGGUAUUGGUUUCAUCCACCACAACUGUACACCUGAAUUCCAGGCCAAUGAAGUUCGGAAAGUGAAGAAAUAUGAGCAGGGCUUCAUCACAGACCCUGUGGUCCUCAGCCCUAAGGAUCGUGUGCGGGAUGUUUUUGAAGCCAAGGCCCGGCAUGGCUUCUGUGGUAUCCCCAUCACAGAUACAGGCCGGAUGGGAAGUCGGUUGGUAGGCAUCAUUUCCUCGAGGGACAUUGAUUUUCUCAAGGAAGAGGAACAUGACCGUCUUUUGGAAGAGAUCAUGACAAAGAGGGAAGACUUGGUGGUGGCUCCCGCAGGUAUCACAUUGAAAGAGGCAAAUGAAAUUCUGCAGCGCAGCAAGAAAGGGAAGUUACCCAUUGUAAAUGAAGAUGAUGAGCUGGUAGCCAUCAUUGCUCGAACAGACCUGAAGAAGAAUCGCGAUUACCCACUAGCCUCCAAAGAUGCCAAGAAGCAGCUGCUGUGUGGAGCAGCCAUUGGAACUCAUGAAGAUGACAAGUAUAGGCUGGACUUGCUAGCUCAGGCUGGUGUGGAUGUGGUAGUUUUGGACUCUUCCCAGGGCAACUCCAUCUUCCAAAUCAAUAUGAUCAAGUAUAUCAAAGAGAAAUACCCCAAUCUCCAAGUCAUCGGAGGCAACGUGGUUACUGCUGCUCAGGCCAAGAACCUCAUUGACGCCGGCGUGGAUGCCCUACGGGUGGGCAUGGGGAGUGGUUCCAUCUGCAUCACUCAGGAAGUGUUGGCCUGUGGGCGGCCCCAAGCAACAGCUGUAUACAAGGUUUCAGAGUACGCCCGGCGCUUUGGUGUUCCUGUCAUUGCUGAUGGAGGAAUCCAAAAUGUGGGCCAUAUUGCCAAAGCCUUGGCCCUUGGGGCCUCCACAGUCAUGAUGGGUUCCCUCCUGGCCGCCACCACGGAGGCCCCUGGAGAGUACUUCUUCUCUGAUGGGAUCCGGCUAAAGAAAUACCGGGGCAUGGGUUCCCUCGAUGCCAUGGACAAGCAUCUCAGCAGCCAGAACCGAUACUUCAGUGAAGCAGACAAAAUCAAAGUGGCCCAGGGGGUGUCGGGGGCUGUGCAAGACAAAGGGUCCAUCCACAAGUUUGUCCCUUACUUGAUCGCUGGCAUCCAGCACUCCUGCCAAGAUAUCGGUGCCAAGAGCUUGACUCAAGUCCGAGCCAUGAUGUACUCUGGGGAACUUAAGUUCGAGAAGAGAACAUCCUCAGCUCAGGUGGAAGGGGGAGUUCACAGCCUCCAUUCGUAUGAGAAAAGGCUCUUCUGAAAAAGGAUCCAGUAUCUCCCCCCAUCCCUGUUUUUCAAUAAAAGUUUAAAAA